UUCUCUUCCUUUUUCUCUUCAAAAUCUGUCUCACUCACCUUUCUCUUCUUAGCAUCUCUGUUUGGUUGCCGAGAAAAUUAACCAGCUUCUAUUAAAAAUUACUUCUCAAACCUAGAGUUGUACCACCACUGUUUUCGGCUCACUUAUAUUAAAAACUAAUGAUAACAUAACUAACCCGUAAUCUCGUUUUUCUUCUCUUUUUCCUCUGUUUUCUCGGAGGAACCAAACUAGGGUUUUCAUUUUGGUGCUGAUUAUGAUGAAGGAUUAGUUCUGUGUUCGGAUACAAUAAACUAUUGUUUGCAGAUUACAGGGUUAUGAAUUUAGCUUUUUAACGUAAAACGAAUUUAUGUGGCACUUAAGUCCUGAAUUGGUUUAAUUAUUUAAUUUUAUUUUGGGUUUUUGGGGCUGUGUCUUAGUUGGUAGCAAAAGUUCCUUUUAGAUAGGUAAAUGAAGAUGAUUAGUGUAACUUCAAGUCUCAGUGUAUCAUCUGAGCUGAGACAAAUGGAUCUUGCACCCUUUGUUUCGUUCCUGGAAAAUUACAAGAGGAAUUGAAACACUUGAUGAUGGGUAAUGAUGUUCCGAAUGAGUGGAUGCUUGUUGAUAAAAGUUGUUCUUUUUUCCUCACUUAAAAAUGAAGUCCAUGGGAAAAAUUAUAAAUUGGAGUUCUAGAGUUUCUGGAGUGAAAACUAACUGCAGUGUGAGACUUUCCUUCUGUAAUGAUCUCUAAAUUCUAGUAUUGGACAUAUUGGAAAGUGCAGAGAUUGAGACCUUCAUUCAAGGCCCUUAAUUUGAUCGGGGUAGGUUUAGAAUCUGUAAAAGAAGUUUAAAUUCUAAUGUAAAUAAAGUUUUUUUUUCUUGGUUCUUUCUAACUGCAACAUUUGUGUAUUUAUCCCAACUUAUACUCAAAUUUACGUCAUUCCCAUAUGUAAACCAAACUGCCUGGAGCUUAAACUCAUCAUAUAGUGUAAACUCGAUAGAAGUUAGAGCCAAAUAUAGAGUAUAAUUAAUUCCUUUCGUAAUUUUCUCAUUACUUGCAUUUGACAGAUGUACUAAAUGUGAUUAUGAACUUAAGAUGUUGCUCUCUAGUUAUUUUGUGAAGCUAAUAUUCCCUCUACACUGUGGAUAGUUUCUGUCAUUGGCAGUAAUGGACCUAGCACUAAUGGACCCUUAUGGGACAAAUCCUGGACCAAUUGAUGGUUCAGUGCUUUAUGACCAGGAGAAGCAUGUGUCUUCAGCAGUUUGGGAUGGACAGGAGCGUGGUGCACUUAGAUGUCAUGAACACACUUCGAAGCUUGAUCAAUGGACACUCACGGAAAAGCAGAUUGAGUUGGUAGAUCAGGCUGGAUUUGGUUAUUUAAGAUUGAUUCCUGCAAUUAGUCUAGAUAACCCACUCAUUUCUGCCCUAGUCGAAAGGUGGAGGAGAGAAACGAACACUUUUCACCUGAAUGUUGGAGAAAUGACAGUAACUCUUAAAGAUGUUGCGCUAUUGCUUGGACUAGCUAUUGACGGAGAACCUGUUAUUGGAAUAACUCAUACCACCUGCAACUCCGUUUGUGAGAGGUAUCUUGGAAGAGCACCAGAGUCUAGUUAUACUAGUGGUGGAAUGGUGAAGCUAAGCUGGUUGAAAGAGUUCUUUUCCUAUUGUCCUGAAGAUGCACCACUUGAAGUGAUUGAGUGCCAUACACGUGCUUACCUCUUAUACCUUGUUGGAAGUACAAUAUUUUCCACUACCACUGGGAAUAAAGUCCCUGUCAUGUACCUUCCAUUGUUUGAGAAUUUUGACCUAUGUGGGAAAUAUGCCUGGGGGUCAGCAGCUUUGGCAUUCUUGUACAGGGCACUUGGCAAUGCCUCACUGAGAUCUCAAAGUACAAUUAGUGGCUGUUUAACACUACUACAGUGCUGGAGUUACUUUCACCUGAAUAUUGGACGACCAAAGCUCAACACUGAUUCAAUGCAUGAUCGUUUCCCUUUGGUGCUUAGCUGGAAGGGAAAACAAAGUGGGCCAACAACAAACCGUGAUGUAGUGUUUUACCGUAAAGCUCUGGAUUCGCUGAAAUCAUGCGACGUGGAGUGGCUUCCUUAUAGAAAUAUGGACAGUACAGUGAUUCCAGAAGAUAUCAAGAGUAAUCUAAUUUUAGGGAGGUCAAAAACAAUGCUAAUAUGCUUUGACAAGGCAGAAAGGCAUCUCCCAAAUCGUUGCCUAAGGCAAUAUGGCAUGUUUCAGUCAAUCCCAGAGGAUGUACAGCGAUGGGAGAGAAAGAGUCGUGGAGUUGAUGGUGGGGUUGACUUGUCGGGUAAAAUGGAAUCAGAGAUUAAUGAAUGGUUGGAACGUCGAUUUCAUAUUGUGGAAGGUGAUGAUGGUGCGGAUGAAAGUGAUUAUAUGCAGUGGUACCUGAGAAUUACGCGUAAGUUUGUAGGGAGGCCUAUAUCUCUCUCGUCUGAGUUUCAAAGAACGAAUGCCGGUUUGAGGGAGAUUGCACGCAUGGCAGAUACAUUCUCAACAAAUGGGUUGGACGAGGAACAAGUUGAUUUAAUUAAUAGUAUCAGGACUAUUGCGCAUGAAUGUUUGAGGGAUCAGGUUGGCGGUCCGUACAUAGUGUCAGCCACCCCACAAAUUGAAGUUGGGAAAAGGAUAAGAGGGAAGGAGAGGGUGAGAAGGAAAGGUACGGGAAAACGUUUGCGGAAGGAUGAUCCAGCACAAUAUAUUGCUGCUAGUGAGGAUGAUCAGUCUCAGUAUUGUGGUGCCACUGUCAGGGUUGAGCAGUUACCAUUACAUCAUCUACAUAGAGAGGAAGAUCAUUCACAGCUGUGUCCGGUUGAUAACGAGGUGACUGGUUUGGAUAUGAUCAAUGGAGAUGGUGAGGGUGAGAAUAUGCAGCUAUGCAAUGCUGACAUUGGGUUUGAUCAUUCAGAGCUAAGCCAUGAGGCUGGUGAGGAAGGUAAUGCUGAGCUAAUCCAUGCUGUUGUCAAGGUUGAUGACACACAGCUCUUUGAAGCAACCGGAAACAUCAACGACUCACAGCUUUGUGAUGUCAUGAACGAAGUCAAGGAAUCACAGUUUUCUGAUUCAGCUAAGGUGGUUGAUUCACAGAUUUGUGAUGCAACUAACGAGGUCGGUGACUCAGAGCUUCCUCAUGUUACCAGUGAGAGUGAUCGACAAACAUCUAAAGUGGAAGCAGAGGUUGUUUUAGAGUCUUCUCUUGAAACUCCUCAGGAUAUUGCACAACAGAGUAAAUGUAGUGUUGUAGUAUAAAGUAAAGGUGCUGUCAUGCAAUUUUUCUGAGGCAGCGCGAGGCUAACAAUACAAAUAUGCAGCUAGAUUAGUAGUAAAGUAAAAGCUCUUAACAUGUAUAAAGGCUGUGGAUUUUGGCUAGACAAUAAGAUACUUGUGAUCAUGUUGAUUAGUGUACUGUUUUCUGCUGUAAAAUUUCAGGUUUUUAUUGCAUCUGAUCUAUUUUGAUAA